CCCAGCAUGCUCCUCGCUAGAGGCCCCGCCUCCUUCCCCCCAAUGUGGGGGAAAGGUCGACGGCUGUAGUUGUAGUGAGUCGAGGGCUGAAUCGCCGAGAUGGAGGCCGGUACCAUAGCCGAGGAUGAGAUAGAGGCGGUCAAGGCUCACAUCAGCCCCUGGAAGAACUUCCUGGCCGGAGGCUUCGGCGGGGCGUGCGUAGUGGUCGUGGGCCACCCGCUGGACACCGUGAAGGUAAGGCUACAGACUCAGCCGAAGAGCUUGCUAGGAGGACCUCCCCUCUACACUGGGACCUUUGACUGUUUCAAAAAGACACUUUUUGGAGAGGGUAUUCGAGGUCUUUAUCGAGGAAUGGCUGCUCCCCUCGUUGGUGUCACACCCAUGUUUGCUGUGUGCUUCUUUGGCUUCGGGUUGGGGAAGAGACUACAACAAAAGCACCCAGAUGAUAUAUUGAAUUAUCCCCAGCUGUUUGCAGCUGGGAUGUUGUCUGGUGUGUUCACAACAGGAAUCAUGACUCCUGGAGAAAGAAUCAAGUGUCUCUUACAAAUUCAAGCUUCUUCAGGAGAAAUAAAAUACCAUGGUGCUUGGGAUUGUAUCAAAAAAGUAUAUCAGGAAGCUGGAAUAAGAGGCAUUUACAAAGGAACUGUGCUUACACUCAUGCGAGAUGUUCCUGCCAGUGGGAUGUACUUCAUGACUUAUGAAUGGAUGAAAGAUUUCCUAACCCCAGAAGGUAAAAGUGUUAGUGAUCUCAGUGCCCCUCGAAUCCUGGUGGCUGGAGGCUUCGCAGGAAUCUUCAACUGGGUUGUGGCCAUUCCUCCAGAUGUGCUGAAGUCCCGCUUCCAGACUGCCCCACCUGGGAAAUACCCUAAUGGCUUCCGAGAUGUGCUGAGAGAGUUGAUCCGAGAAGAGGGUAUUGCAUCUCUGUAUAAAGGUUUUACUGCUGUAAUGAUCCGUGCCUUCCCAGCAAAUGCUGCCUGUUUCCUUGGCUUUGAAGUUGCUAUGAAGUUCUUAAAUUGGAUUGCACCUGGUUUAUGAAAUUCAGAAAUCUUAAAUUCUCCAGACAAGGGAGUACAAUGACAAUGAAAGGGACAGAACAUAAGUCAACUUGGGCAAGAGCUCUACAUAUCGGUGGGGGUGGGGUGGAAAGAGAAUGAAGAAAUAAGAGCACUUAAUGAACUUUGGGUAACUUAUGCCUGAAAGACAUCCUUUGGCUGGUACUGUGUGUGCCAUUUUGAAACUUGAAUUCAGUUUUGAUAAUUUAAGAAGAUUUCAUAAGACUUUGGAGGUGGAAGUUAGUAGUUGGUGUCAAAACUGAAUCUAUUUUGCACCUAUGCCAUUCCUACCCAACUUUUAUAAAUCUGCUACCCUAGGACAUCUUCCUCAGUUCUAGAAGAGCUGUGAAUCUCAACUAACAGUCCCAGAGACAUAUUUUUAAUACCAACUAAUCUUCAGUUGAGAGACUGUUUAAGUACCAGUUGAUGAGCAUUUAAUUCUCAGGACACCUUUUAAUUUUGAUUGCACAUGUUAAAAUGUGACAAUAGUUUACUGUCUCCACUUGUGCUGUCUUUGGGUGUAUAUUUAAGAGCAUAUUGCUAGCUUGUCAAUACUGAGGUUUUAAUUUUGUAUGUCACUAAUUGAGAAGUGAAAUAAAAUAGUCUCAUUCUGGUAGGAUUGUGUGGGAAAGUGUCCUCUUCCCCAGCCAACUCCCACCUAUGAGUAGGCCAAUUUUGAAUCAACAAUUGAGUCAUGGAAUUAGAAUAAAUUAGGUGCGUGGGAGAACCUCUUCUACACACUUUCCUCUGUGACGGGGAGAUUCUCUUUUAUCAGGAAGUAAUAAAUACCUUUUUUCUCUGA